CAGGAAGGGGAAGUCCCAAUUCAACAAACUAGUCAUGUAAAAAUUGCUAAUUCGUUUUUGCAUUUAUUCUGUUUAAAAAGAAAAGCCUUCAGACGUCAACAAUGUUCGGUGGAGAUGAUGAAGAGGGAGAUUUCUUGUCUCCGACAGGAGGGGCCAAGUUGGCCUCCCUGUUUGGGCUGGACCAGGAAUUCAGUCACGGGAAUGAGUCGUUCCAGUACACAGCACCCAAACAGCCCAGAAAGAUCUCUAAUCCAGCCACCCAGAAACCAGCUGCAUCACCUGGAGCCCCUGCAGUGUUAUUCGUCACAUCGGUCCAAGCCUUCAGAUAUAUUAAUGGACAGUAUGUGAAGCAAGGAAAGCUGGGAGCAGCCGUACUGGGGAACCAUACAACAAAAGAGUACAAGCUGCUUCUGUACUUCGGCCAACAGAAACAAGUGACCACUGCCAAGAUUCAUGUGGGCUUUGCUUUCACGGUACAGCCAAACAAUUACUGCAGUUUUUAUGAUGAUCAGAGGCAGAACUGGUCCCUGAUGUUUGAAUCAGAGAAAAUCUCAUCAAACUUCUGCAAAGAGGUAUGUUUGGCGAAAGCGAACAGCGCAGCCUCCUUAGACGCUGUGGUGGUUCAGGAUCUGUGUCUCGGAGAGGGCCAGGGGGUGGAGAAUGGAGACUCUCUGGAGGUGGUGUACAUAGGCUGGCUGCUGCAGAAUCAUACCUUCGGCCAGGUGUUUGACUCUAACCAGAACAAAGAUAAGUUGCUACGACUGAAAAUUGGAGCUGGAAAAGUGAUCAAAGGCUGGGAGGAAGGGAUGCUGGGGAUGAAGAAGGCAGGCAGUCGUCUGAUUGUCAUCCCACCUAGCCUAGCUUACGGAUCCAAGGAAGUCCCCAACCGCAUCCCAGCCAACAGCACCCUGAUUUUUGAAGCUGAACUUCGACGGGUGAAGUUUGCCAAGGACACUGCCUCUGAUCGGGCCAGUGCUGGCUCCAGAGACUCUGCGGCCCCCUCUCCUGCUCAUUCCCCAGCCCCCAGCGUGGACAGUGUGGCCCCAGAGCCUGUAGUACAGACGACCACCUCAGGCCCAGGCAGACCAGGGGAGCCACCACUUCGUGCAAAGUCAAACUCUCUCAGUGAACAGCUGGCAAAUCCAGAUGCAACUAAAGCCAGGCUGAUCUCUCGCAUGGCAAAGAUGGGCCAGCCCAUGUUACCCUUUCUGACAGGAGUGGCCAGCCAUCCUGAAUCUAGUGACUCAGAGCUCGAGGACACCAGUGGCAGCAGAGCAAAGAAUCAACCUGCAGUUCAGUCUCCAGUGCAGAUGUCCAGUGCUGCUCCAGCUUCAGCACACGUACAACCUCAUCCUCACACAGCUCCACCUUCUGCCUUACUUCCUGUUAUGACUACUGUUGGCCCACAGUCUGGGCUUCCAGGCAGCAGUCAUGCAUUUCAGCCUUACCCCUACACACAGACCUCUGUGGUUCCGUCUCAGCUGCAGCCUGUUGGCCAGGUCUACCCUACACAAGCUGUCCCUUACAUGGGCUCCAGUGAUGUCUCUUCCUUCCUGAUGACUGAGGCCCGACAACACAACACAGAGAUCCGGUUAGCUGUUGGAAAAGUAGCAGAUAAAGUGGAUCAGCUGGCUUUAAAGAUGGAUGAUCUUCAAAGGCAGGGAAGUCUUUCAACAGGUGUGUCUAAUCUGUCGAUGGAAACCUCCAUGAUCGUGCACAACAUCCAAAGAAUUGUCCAGGAAAAUGAAUGUUUAAAAAAGGAAGUCUUUGAGAAAAGCUCUCGCAUUGAGGAGCAAAACCGUAAGAUUGGGGAGCUCAUCAACCAGGGCCAGAGGUAUGUCGAGCAGAGCAACCAGCUGCUGGAACAGAGGAACGACUCCCUCAAGUCAUCCAGUGAGCAGAACCAUGCCCGACUACUACAGGCCGAGCAGGACAAGCAUGCUCUGCCUCAGGACCUGAGCUCUGGUCAGGUCCGUCUGACGGAGGAGCUGGCGUCGUCCACAGCUCGACUGUCUCAGCUGCAGCUAGAAGCUUCAGCUCAUCAGCAGAAGGCCGUGGAGCUGCAGAGUAAACUGAACUCAGUGCUGCAGAGCAGUGAGAGCUACUGUCAGCGCAUCACUGCCCUGGAAACACAGCUGGAAGAAGUGAAGGAGGCAGCAGACAGGGCUCAGGCCCAGUAUCGCUCAGAGAAGCAAAGACGCAAAGAGAUGGAAGUGAGAGUCACCAACAUGGAGGAGGAGAUACAGGACCUGAAGGCUGAUAAAGAGGGCCUAGAACGAACACUUUCAGAAAGAAAGAAGAAGUGGCAGGCUGAGCGUCAGCGCCGGGACGAGGAGGUGGAGGAGCUUCGCAAGAAUAGCCAUCAGGAGCUCGACAGUCUCCGAGCUCAACUCCGCAAAGCCAGGGCCAGUUCUGACAAUGCUGUGUCUGAGCAGUUAUCCCAGCUGCAGGCAGAGCUGGAGGAGGAGUGGAAGGGGAAGUGUGAGCAGAUGUUGGCCUCUGCUAAGGAGCAGCACAGUAGGGAGCUGGCUGAACUAACAGAGCAGAGAGAUGCUCUGCAGUAUAAGCUAACCCAGCUACAGGAAAAGCUUACGAUGCUGCAGCAGUCGAGAGAGUCAGAAGAACAGAGUUUGAUACAACAACACAGACAGACUGACGAGCUGCAAGCACUUCAGGAAAAGUGCACAGCCUUGGAGCAACACGGAGUAGCUGUACGGGAGAAGCUGGAAAGAAGAGUGGCUGAACUGGAGAAGAAACUGGCACAGCAGGAGAGUUCAGGAGACACUGCAGCAGAGGUGAAGCGGGUGAUGAACGGGGUGUUUCAUUCUCUGCGUGGGGAGUUUGACCUCAGUGAAUCCUACAGUGGCCAGGCUGUGCUGGGGGUCAUUGUCACUACCAUUAAAAAUGUGACUUUGCAGCUGCUCAGUGGCACAGACAGAGCUUCACUGAGACUGCCUAAGAAGGAAGAAGAGUCAGAGGAAGAGGAGGAAGAAGGAGGUGAUGAUGUUGAACAGAGAGAGGAGAGAGCUCAUCCGAAGGUGCAUGUGAAUGGAGAGAGUAAAGUCAAAGAGGAAGAACAGAAGGAACAUGUGGCUGAGUUAGAAACGCACCAAGUCGGUGAGACUCAGCUGAAUCAGGAAGCAGCAGCAGAGGAGACGAAGACAGUAACUGAGUCCAAGAUGCAGUCCCAGACAGAGGAAAUACAAACCACUGAUCUCCAUCCAGUUUCACCAGCUGAGCUGAUAGGUCAGGUGAUGGCAGCGCCUGAGUCUGAAGUACAGCAGGAGCAGGUAGACCACUCUGUUCCUGAAACCUCUGCAGAGCAAGAAGACACCAACAAGUCUACAGAUCCAGAUGAUGGACCCAGUGUGAGUUUGUUACCUGAGGAUGGACAGGAAACUCUGUUGGAAAGAAAAGCUGCACUCAGCACAGAGAUAGACAAGGAGAGUGUGGAUGAUAGAGAGCAUGUAGGAGAAAUGAAUGCUGACUCUCAGAAAGCUUUUGCACCCCCAACCAACCCACCUCCACCACCGAAUGCACUUCAGAGCAGCUCAGGAGAGGACACAAGUGUGGAAAAUGGAGAGGAGCAAUUUUUCCAGAUCACAACUCCUGCAAAACCCCCCACAGCACCCAGUGAGGAGGAAGAGGAGGAUGAGAUGAGCAUGAAGGGGCGUCCACCGCCUGCCCCUCUGUUUGGUGAUGACGAGGAUGAUGAUGAUCUGGACUGGCUGAACUGAUGGAAUACUACUAAUUUUCAACUCUAAAAACAGGUGUGAGGUGCUUUACCAGCUGUCUGUGCUCAGAGCAGUGAAGAUGAUGAGCGAAGCCUGUGCUCAUGAACUUGGCUGGGCAGAGCGGGCGGGCAGCCUGGCUCGUCACCUCUGUGUGACUGACAGCUGCUGCCAUAGCAUCCUGGAGAACAAAGCUGCAAUCUCAGGCACUGAUUUCGGUUGAAAGAAGUCUGUAAAUCACAGAAUAAUUAAAACACAUACUUUUCAUCAAUGAUGUAAUAUCUGUUGGUGCAGUUUUGUACUGAAUUUUUACAUGGCACUGUAGCAGAUUAGUUUGUUGAAUCAGCAGUAAUCCUGUGGUCAGUGGUUUCAGACAGAACUGUUACCUGGGUUUUAAUUAUUAGCUUGAUGCUUUACAAAUAGAACUUUUGCAGAGUUUUGCUAACCUGAAAUUCAUUCCAGAAAAUAAAUUACAUGGAAAACAUGGCCCUUAUUUCA